AUGUCUCUGAGGAAACAGGUGGAUGCUGCAGGGGGAGAGAUACUUGCUGACACGCGGUUUUAUUUGCCCAAAACCUUUGAUAAAGCUAUGUUCUUGAAGAGUGCCAGCGAGUUCCUGAAAGAUUACCCUGUUGACGGUUUUCAAGUGGGUUUGCAGUUGUCAACUGAUCCCAGUCACUACCCAGUUUUGAAGAAGCUCAUCGAGGCAAUCAAGGAGCUCAACGUUACGGCAACUUUGAAGUUAUCCAUCUUACCAAGUGACUGGCAGAAAAUGGAUGGUAUAGCAGAGAUGGUCGAUAGGGCCGUCAUUAAGCUGAGGCCAGUUGUUCAGAAGGACGUAGAAGUCUUCAAUACGGAUCGUUUCGCCCAAGACCUGAUCAAGAAUGCUGUCAGAGUUGGCUUAAAUCCCAAUAAGCUCAUCCUUGUUGUACCGCUACUCGCUAGGUCAGACUCCGAGAGCUCAGACUUAGGAUACUCGAAUGCGAUCUACGACCUCGGAGCGGAUCCAAGAGGGAACGGGUCAGCCUUCUUGAAUGGGACCGGCUACUUUUUCUUCUCUCAAACUCGUGCGAUCGAGAAGGUUGCCCUGGCCAAGAAGUAUGGACUGCACGGCAUUGGUUUGGAAGGCGGCGGCUCUUUCGCGAACGAGGAUCUCUACCCCUGGGACGCAAAAUCCCUGUUUCAUGCCAUUGCUUCAUCUUCUGGACGACGCCUAACCGAGUAG